AUGCAGAUUGACAUGUUCCCUUCACAUGAAGAGAAGGUGGAUGAGUUUAGCUUCAACGGACCAGAAGAAAAACUAGAAAAACUAGAGACACAAGCUAUACACGAGUGGCCACCGGCAAGUAGCAAUAGAAGCACUUACAGCAGCAGCAGCACUAGCAGGGUGGAUAACAUAUGGAUGAAUGCAAAGGGAUGGUUAGGGGGCAAAUCCUUAAGUAGCUUGCUAAGACGAAGCAGAUCCAAGAAGAAAGAAGAUGCUCGACUUCAAACAGCAAGCAUUCAUGCUGCCCUUUCUGUCACACGCUUGGCUGCAGCAAUCGCAAGUGUUGCUGCAGCUAAGAGAAGCAUAGACUCAGGAUCAGAAUCAGCACAUGAUACGGUACUUCAACCAGGGAACAACAUUGACGACAUUUUCACUUCUGCAGCAGCUCUGGUUACCACAGUUUGUGCUGAAGCUGCUGAGUCAUUAGGGGCGCAGACAACUGAUGUUUCUUCUGCCAUUAACUCAGGCUGGGCUACCCAAACAACGGGCGAUAUGAUCACACUCACAGCUGAUGCUGCAACAUGUUUAAGAGGAGUAGCAGCACUCAAAACAAGAGCUAUGGCCGAUGCAUAUUUUCCUACAACGCAAAAUUUUCUUCAAGUAAAAGCAGAGCUAUCUGUUGUCACUCCUUCUGGAAGCAAAAGACAUGGCUGGGCCUCCAUAUAUUCGAAGCAUAGUCAGCUCAUAUUGAGCAUCCAGAAGAAGCAUUUGGGAAUCUUAGCCAGAAAAAAGGAAUACAAGAUUUUGCAUGUGGAGGAGGAAAGGGAAGCUGAGGGAAACCUUUCAAUCAGCCUAAGGAGCAACAGUGGAUACAUCAAGCUCUUGUUCAAAGAUGAAACCCAAUCUUUAGUCUGGACGACAAGCAUUUCAAAUCUUUUGCAGUUGCAUUACUAA